CCUAACAAAAAGACGUGUUCAGUGGUCUAGUCUAACGCUAGCUAGCCACAUGUAACUAAUAUUAAUGAAAUAAAUAAAAUUUAAUUGUACUUUAGUUAUACAAUCGGUCAGUUGGUCCGGACUCUAUCUCAUACCCAAAAAUUUAGUGAUUGAAUCACGUCAACUGUAAAUGAACAAGUCGAGAAGGUAGCAAUCUAAUUUAGUCUAGUUCAUAUUUGAGUUAUCACUAAAAGAUACAUGCUGAUGAUGUUCCCUAAUUAAUGCUACCGUUAGCUUUGAACUUUGAAACAUCAUGGACCUUCAGAUUCGGCAAUUUUUGACCAAAGCCGAGACACAGAAAGAUGCUGAGGCUUUGAAGAAAGCGUAUGAUUUGAUCAAUGAAGGAACCAAAGAAAAAGCAUUAUCAGGUGGCAGGUGUUUUUGUCCUGAACUGUACGUCAUUUGCGCCGAACAAGCCUUUCAGCUGGGGCUGACUGAGAUCAGCGAAACCUGCCUAAUGAUGUACUUUAAAGGGAAACCUCCGGCCAAUCAGUUCCUGUGCCGCGCGUACCUGUGCCAGGGCCAGCUCUGUGCCCAGACUUUGGAAAGCAUGGAUGACGUGGAAAAGGCAGUGAUGCAUUUUCUGAAGGCUAUUGAGAUUUCAAAAGAGCAGCCCAGAUAUCACUUCUUAGUGUUCAAUGCCUCUGUGCUCUACCUCCAAACCGUCCGGCCGUUCCUCAGGCCCGGCUCCCGCCAGCGUCUCCAGGCCUCUCUGACGCAGGUGCUGAGGGCCUUGGAGGAAGUUGGAGAGGCUGACUAUCGCUGGAGGGCGGAGCUUAUGCUGCUCUUGAUAGAAUGUCUUGUGGAAGCUGGAAAAUUGAAAGAAGCUGCUAGUUUGGGAAAAGUCACAGCAGAUUUUAUAGGAGCGCACACACCUGACCUGUAUCCACGGAUAUUCUCCUUACAGGUGCAGCACAAGCUCCUGGAUCUCUCCAAAAGUCCCAAGAAAGUCGAGGAGACCUUGACCUUAUCUGUGAUUUACAAAAUGCAAAAGCUGAAACAUCAGGUGGGUGGGGCAGGCAGAAGAGACGACGGAGCGAAUUUGAAAGAGAUCUUUCUGCUUCUGACAAACCCCACUGCUGCCCGGCCCCCUGGGGCAGCCCAGAGUUCGAACACAGGCCUGGCGGAGAGCAACCCGUCCAUCAUGCCUGGAGAGAGAGCUUCCUUUCUUUUGGAGCUGGGCCACCUGGCCUUGCAGUUAGGCGUCCCGCAGAUGACGUCGGACUGCUUGGGAGAGCUGAAGCGGGCUGGACUCUCUGAUGUGGGGCUCCUCAUUGCCGUGGAGUGUCUGAAGUGCGAACUGGAGCUCCACAAACGAGGGCCGAGACUCGAGGAGUACAAGAGGAGCGACGUGGAGGCCCAGCAGAAGCUGGUGUGGAGGUUGGACCAGCUGCUGCAGAAUGCGCUGCGGGCGGGCGGGGCUGGCACUGUGCAGGGGGUGUGUGCCACGCUGUGGAACGCCUGUCUGCCCCUCCUCCAGCACAAUCUGAGGCGGAGCAUCAGGAAGCCGCUGCUGCGAUUGGCCCAGGUGCUGGAAGACUCAAACAGUACACUGCUGGACCUGAGGUGCCAGGUGCACAGCGAGGUCGGUGUGAUGGAGGCGGAGGAGGGCUGCGUGGAGUCCGCCGUGGAGCACGUGCAGAAGGCGCUGCGUCUGGACGCGAGCGGGGAGCGCCGGGAGCGACUGACCGCCGCCCUGCACGCCCUGCGGCUGCGCGCCCUGCUGUACGACACGCCCGAACGCAGCGAGGACCGCGCCGCGCUGCUCAUCCAGCAGGCGAGGACGGCCGGCUCCAGAGACUCCAGGAGGAAGGUGCGGGCGAUGCUGGUGAACGCGGGCGUGGCUCUGGCCCCCGACGACUUUCGGACGGUCCUUGACGCAGACAACGCCCCUAAAGUCACCCCAGGCAACCGUGGAGAGAAUGUGGUCAGCCAGCUGGCUGCAAAGGCUGAGCACCACAUCGCCUGCGUUCAGCGGGCAGAGGGGCACCUGCAGCGGCAGGGGGGCAAGACGAGCCCAGAGAGAGUGAGGCUGUGGGCGGAGCUAGCGAAGGCGGCCAGGAAGCUGGAGGCCUGGAGCGUGUGCCGCGCAGCUUGCCGGUUCUGUGUUCUCCAUGACGACGGCUGCCAGGAAACACCGAGCGGUAACGGUGCUGCUGAAAGAGACCUGCUCCGCUUACUGGCAGAGCUCCGUUUCAUCAAUGCAGAGGCCACAGUGCAGAAGCUGCGUUUGGAGGGCGUGCAGCUCAACGGCGCACCCGUCCUGCCGCCGCAGCGAGGGAAACGGCCAGCAGAGGGCGCCUCCACCCGGCCGGAGGACGACCCGCUGUGGGCGACGUACAGAGACUGGGUUCAGAGUCUCUCAGCAUACGCCACCUCCAACUUCCUGCGUGCGGCGCAGCUGGGGGCGGAGCUGGGCGAGGCCUGGAUCGUCUCCAACGCGGCGGUGUACCUGUGGAACUACAACAGCCACGUCCUGGCCUCUGGAGGGCAGCGGCACCUGGUGGCCACCUUUCAGACGCUGGUAGACCUGAUGAAGCAGACCGGACACGCUGGGCAGGCCCAGCUGCUGGUUCUGCUGUGUAACGCUGUGGCUCAGGGUCUGAUCCUGCCCUGGAUCCCCCCGGCCUGCGGCCCCGGGGCAGAGGGGCAGGACAGCGAGAGGGCCCCGCCCAGCCGGGCCAGGAAGGGGGCGGAGAAAACGGGCAGCCUUCAGGGCCAGCCGCUGGAGCCAGAGGCCACUCCGGACGUGAGGAAGGCGCUGGAGCUGUGUGAGUACGCCCUGCGUCUGACCAACGGGAGCGUGUCGGCUGACUCGCUGUCCAUCGCAACGCGGAAACAGAUAAUUGGCACUUGGGUCCGGACCAAGCAGCUCCUGCAGCAACAAAUAGGGCAGAAACUGGACUUCGAGGAAGAGAGUAAGACUGCAGAGGUUUCGUCCCUGUGGCGUGUUCUGGUGGGUGUGGAGAUGCUGGUGUGUAACAGCAACUCCAGAUUAAUGGAGUUCUCUGCUCCCAGUGCAGGAGAGCUGGUGAGAAUGGCGUCUGAGUGCGUGUGGACGGACCCGCUGGUGGAGCUGCAGGUGUGGACACACCUGGCCCAUUUUUCCCAUCAGGCCCAAGAAGGGGAGCUUGUGAUGACUUGCUCCCAGAAUGCACUGCAGCUGGAAGCACCCGCCUUGAAGAAGGUGAAGGUCGCGACGCUUGCUCUGUACAGCAGCCAGCAGGUGUUUGAGAUGCUGAGCAGGGUGGCCUGUUUGAGGGGGCUGGGGUUGGUGCAGAAGUCUAAGGGACACCCUGACCUGUACAGAGCGGGUCUCCACACCCUGCAGUCCAGUGUGAGUUAUGCAGAGAAGGCCGGGAGCCAGGCCCUUUGCAUGGAGGGGGCCAGGCAUUACUGGAACUCCUGCCUCCCCCUGCUGCGGACCCCCCAGGAGAGACAGCAGCUCCAGAACUCCGUAGAGAAGAUCCUCAGAGCCAUGGCCAGUACCAGCUCCAGAGAUGGAAAGGAAGAGGGAACUAAGACCCCUGUAAAAGCGGCCUCUGACUCCUCUCUGGGUGCUGCGAGCCCAGGUCUGGAGAUUUCGGGUGCUGUCAGACCAGAUGAUGACCUCACUCUGAGAGCUGCAUUCUAUGGCCUCCUCUUCUGUAUCCAUGGCAACAGGAAUGACUGGCGGGCAGGGCUGCGGGUGCUGGACCAGGCGGUCAGGGAAAUGCCCCGGACUAGACACAGGCUGCCGCUCUUUAAGCAGCGUGCAGUGGCCCGGGCCAGGCUGGGGGAGAUCUUCCUCAUGGACAUGCAGCGUUUUGGGGACGAGGGCGAGGAGUGCCUGUCCCACAUGUGGCACCACAUGGCCCACUGCUCCACAGCUCCAGAGCACAAACUGGCCUGCUUCCAGAACGCCAUCACAUCCCUGCAGGGCCCCGGCAGUCGCUGGCUGAAAGUUGAGUACCUGCUGGAGUUUGGGGCGUGGCUGUACUGGGCCCACUUCCCCUCGGCCGACGCCAUGCACCCCAUCCGCUGGGCAGAGGACAUGCUGCUGCACAUGCAGGCCGGGGACCAGCGGGACGGCGAAGAUUCUGGAUCCGAGAUCAGUAAGCAGAAAGACGAGGAGCUGAAGGCUCCCCUGACAGAGGAGGCAGAGCUGGUCCCACUGAAGCAGGAGUCUCAGGUAGGGGUGGAGAGCUCAGUCUCCAGCCUCGCUCUCUCUGACCUGAGGGACGUGCAGCAGCUGGAGGGGCUGCUCAGAGUCCACACCCUGCUGGCGGCCAUGACGGGUGGGGGCGGGGGCGGGGGCGGGGCCCCCCCACACCUGCAGCACUGCCUGCUGGCCUACACCUGCGUCCUGCGCAUCUGGCAGGUGUCUCUGGGCACUGCAGGUGAAGUGAUCACAGAGGUGACAGACAGUCAGGCGCCUCUCCCUCCCCAGGCCCCUGCCUCAGCAAAGAGAGACAAAGGGAAGAAGCCUAAAGAGCCCCUUCAGCUCACUGCUGAGGACAAGCCCAAACGGAAGGGUCCGGCGGAGGUCCCGGCGGAAGUCCCGCCCACUGGCCCGGAGGAGUGGGCGCGGUUUCACUGCCCCCCAGAGGUGCGUCAGGCCUUCAGGCACGACAGAAGCCCCCGAACCGUCAACCAGCACAGCGUCAGCAAGCAGACUCAGACUCUGUACUUCCUGGACCUUCUGGUGAAGGAGCUGAAUUCAUGUGCUCUGACCCACCUGACUCUACCUGUCCUCCACCUGGCUGAGGUCAUCGCCCACGACCUGAUGGACAGCAAGAGUGUCUCUGACCUGUACCGUCUCAGGAUAGCGAGGGCGUGUUCCCAGCUGAGACUGAGCGCGUCCGUGUCGUAUCACGAGAAGCGCGUCGGCCCGGCUUAUAUCUACGAGGAGGAGCGCAUGGCGUGUCGGGAAGCCGUGGCUUCGCUGAGAGAGGACCCCGGCCGUGACGCCAGCUCGGGACACGGCAGAGCGCGGCAGGCCGCGACAGACAGCGCGGGUCUGGAGGGGGGGAAGGCGAGCGGGCGGUGUGCUCAGGGGAUCUGGACCGAAAAGGCCGAAAUGCUCCUGGGCCUGGGCCGGUACCAGCCGGCCAGAGAGCUGCUGGCUGAGGCCCACUUAGUCGCCAUGAAAGUGGGAGACAGAAGCUCACAGGCAAAGAGCUUGCUCCUCCUCGCUGAGCUGGCCAAUCAGGAGCGGCAUCACGGCCAGGCCCUGGCUCUGCUCAGGGAGGCCCAGGCCAUUGGUGGGGAUGAGGACUUCUGGUACCAUGUGACCCUGUGCAUGGUGAAGGCCACUCUGGAUGGGGGCGGGGAGGAGAAAGAGACUCAGGCGUGUCGGAUCCUGGAACACGCCAGCGCGGUUCUGCGGUCCGUUCUGGAAGAGAGGCCAAACAGAGGUCCAGGUCUGAGGUUCCUGGUGGCGUCUUUGGAGACCAGGAGAGCGGUAUUGCAGGUGAAGUCUCUCAAAACGUCCGCGUCGGUCCCAGAGGCGGUGGAGAUGUUGACUGCGGCCUGCGACGCUCUCAGACACUCCGCAGAUGAGUUUCUGCAGCUGGGCCACCAGGAGCACGGGGCCGAGGCUCUCCUGGAGCAGGCCGAGGCACUGAGAAUACUGGCCAAACAUGCCGACAGUGAAGAGGUGCAACGUCGCCACCUGCUGGAUUCCUACUGUCUGAUGCAGAAGGCCAUUUCCAGACAGCAGGAGGUGGUGCUCACUGCGCUGAGCCUGCUGCCCGCUCAACCGACUCAAACCCUUAGCCUCCCUGCUGUGAGGAGGCUGGUCCGCUUCAGGCUGGCCCUGGCGGGGCUGGUGAUUGACAUGCUGGAGCGGGUGUGCAGGGAGCAGAAGGAGCGGGAGCGGCUGCGGGAGAGGCGGAGCUCCGUGGAGAGGACCGUGGAGGACUUCCUGCAGGGCUCCCCCGACCUGACCUCUCUACAGCGGGAGUGGCAGAGUGUGAGCCGAACCCUGGGCCAGGUGGCCCUGACCCAGCUGCAGACGGCGAUCGGGCUCAGCGCCGACUGCGUGGAGGACAGGGCCGCGUCCCUGAGCAUGCUGGGAAAGUGCCUGCUUCUGCUGGCCGUGCAGAGGGAUCCCCUGUACCCCCCCAUCCAGUGGGACGUCCCAAACGUGGCCCCUACACCUCCCGACACUGCUGAUCCUGAAACAGUGAAGGAUGGAAAGGGGGAGGAGUCAGAAACAGGGGCAGAAGACAGCCAUGGACCCAGUGUGACAGACCAGAAGCAGAGCACGCCCACAUCUACCAAACUGCAGGAGAAGAGGGACGCGGCCAUGCAGCUGCUAGCCCAGGCCAGUGAGACGCUGGCCCAGGCUGUUGGCCUGUGUCUGCAGCACCAGCUCACCCACAUCCUGCCCACCGCCUGCCUGACUGCCCUCGAGUGCCACGGCCAGUUCGACCCCAGCUCCACCGGCCAGUAUCUGGCCUUGUACCAGAGCAGUGUGUGCUGUGCUCAGAUGGCAGAAGUGUUAAGAGCUGCCUGCAGUGACAGCAGUGAGUCCCAGCUCUCCGCUCUGCUCAACCUGCACACCAACCUGCAGGGCGCAGCGCAGAGCGGGGAGCCUGCUAGCAGCCUGCUGGGGCCCACCAAGGACACACUCACACACCUCUCUAAGGCAUACACACACCUGAACAUUAACCCAAACCACCUGAGCAUUUUGGGCGAGCUCCCAUCCACUUUCAGCAUUUUGCUGCUCCAGCAUUCUGAGGAUGGGUCUGCUCUCUACGGAGCCCUUUUUGAGAAGGCGAAGCCCGCGGACAGCCAGAGGGGAAAGGGCCCUCCCCCAGCAGCAGGCACGCUGGACUGCAGCGGGGUCGCUAAGGUCAGUGCGUGCCCGGCGACCCUCUCCAGCCUCCAGGAGCGCGCCCGCUCCUUCAAACGGGAGGCCACGCGGUCGCUGGCGAGGGAGGAGAGCCAGCCUGGUGGGAACUGGGGCGUGGCCCGAGGCGGAGCCAUGGCCGAAGGCCACGCGAUGACAUCACACCCGAGAAAUGUGCAGAGUGAAGUGGCAUCUCAUUUCAACACUCUUGUGCAGGACAUGGAGGGGUAUCUGCACCCCCUUCUCUCUCAGUUUGCCCUGCCCUGGGUCAGGGGUCGGGCCCCCUCCGCACACCUCACAGAAGGCGCCAGACCCACAGAGAGGGAGGAGAGGUCCGUGAGCGACAAGGAGCGAUCUCCAGUGGACCCGGGUGCGAGUGUGGUUCUGCUGGUGGACAGUAUGCUGAUGGAUCUGCCCCUGGAGGCUCUUAGCAUCCUGCAGGGGGAGGGGCUGAGCUCUGUGUCCCGGGACUUCUGCUUACAGCUGCUCCACGCUCGCCUGCAGAGGGACGAAUCAGCUGAAAGCGAGAGCAGGAAGGACGCGCGAGGCGGGAGAGGGGCGAAGACGCGCGGAGAUCAGAGCAAGGCCUUCAAAGGGGUGCCUGUGAAUAGAGUGCUUCCUCCGGACGCCCUUCCUGUGGACGCGCACAAUGUCAAGUAUGUGGUAGACCCUUACAGUGAAGCAGGAGACACUGGAGGGGCCGGCCCCGUGCAGGGAAUGAGGCGGAUCUUAGAGGUGUACGGACAGCAGACCACCCCACUGUGGGAGGGGAUUUUGGGCCCAGAGCACGCCCCCAGUCUGGAUGAACUGGAACACCUGUUGACAAACUGCAGUGCCUUCAUCUUCAAUGGAACUGAACAUUUCUUGGCCAACAUCCCACCAUCCAAGAUAGUGUCCAUGAAGCUUUCAGACUGCCAGAUGGUCAUGCUUUUUGACCAGGCACACACCAGCAGCAGUGCACUCAGGCAGACCAAGCUGGAUGCCCUAAAGAGCCCUGGCCGGUUGGCCCUGGAGGGACCCCUGGGGACGGCGGCCCUCCUGAGCCUGGGCGGGGUCCGCACCAUCACUCUCAACCAGUGGCACAGCACCUUCCAGAGGAACACGGGCGACAUGGACGCCAUGCUGGAGAGUCUGCUGAAGGUGGGCGUGGCCUCUGGCCAGGCUGUGCAUGCACUGCGGAAGGGGACAGCACAGAGCUGCACUGUUUCUGAGGAGGGGGGAGAGUCAGGGGACGACUGUCGGAAAGGGUCUGCAGGUCCAGAGUUGCCUGAAGUGACCAGGGGAAGUUCUCACUCUGCGUCACCCUUCGCUUUCAACCACAUCAUCUACGGCCUGCCUAAUUUAGUCAUGACAUGAUUCACUUCACAUCUCUGACCUGCGCAGUUAGGUCAUGACAUGGGUCACUUAACAUCCAUGGCAUGCGGAACUUAAUCAUGACAUGACUUACUUCAUAUCUACUGUAUGGCCUGCCUAAUUUAGUCAUGACAUGAUUCACUUCACAUCUAUGACCUUCUCAAUCAGGUCAUGACGUCACUCACUUAACAUCUAUGGCAUACCCAAUUUAAUCAUGACAUGACUUAUUUCAUAUCUACUGUACAGCCUGUCCACUUUAGUCAUGAAAAAAUUCCCGUAUGUACAUGAUUUUGAUAGAUAGAAGUUUUUGUCUCAAAACUGAUGGAAUGGGCUUAGGUUUUAUAGGACAUAUUUAUUAAUUGUCCAUUUACAAACCAUUGAACCAGCGUUUUCAGCUACAAAGUACGGAUGACCUAUGUGCUAAAGUUAUUGCACAAUGUUAUAAAUGUAUCUUCUGAAAAAAAAUAUAAAAAGCAUUUUUCAUCUCUUAUUGCUCUGUACAGAAAUAAGACCCCUCAGUCACUGGCGCCAGGGAGACUGGCAUGGUGGGGCCGUUGGCCACAGCUCUCUUUGUUGGGGCAGACCUCACUGUGUUUCAGUGCCCUUUUUUUUAACAGUUAUCCAGCCGCAGAUAUCAAACAGAAAUGACCCAAUAAAACUCCAUAAAGACAGUAAUCCCCAGGCUGGCUGGGGGGAGGGAUGUGUUCCUGUUGUUUUGAGCGGUCAUAUUGCUAUGGUUCCGUCCGGGAGCAAAGGUUUAGUUGCACUGCUUUGUUGAUCCAUUUUGUAUUUGUACCGACUGGGGCACCUGGCAACACGCCUCACAUCCAUCGCCAGCAACGCCCAGCUGGUAACGGCGCUGGUUCAUGCUAACGUUCAUGCUAAUGCCGCUUCAGGUGUGCGGAAACCAGACCAUUAUCAAUGCAUAUUGCAGUGUGCAUGCACUUUAAACCAAUAGACAGAGCAUUUUGUUGGGCACGCAGUAUGAAGAGUAAAUGUGUUCAUAUAGUCUGCAUGUUUAGUACUUGCCAGGGUUGGAAUUUUCUUUCUAUAAUUUUCAAAUAAUCGUAAUCCUUUCAACUUGACCCUCUAGUUCUAAUGGGAAUUAUGGCAAUUAUAAUAGCACUAUCAUAUACUGAUCAUGAUGUAAUCAACCUGCAAAUGUUGAUGUUUAUCUACCUGCUUUUACUGAUAUGCAUUAACGACUUUGA